UUGAACUCUUUCAUGUCUCCUCCUUAUUUUCUCUCUUUUAACUAUCUUCUUCCUUCUUUCUCUUUCUCCUCUUUGAAAUUUUCUCUCCAAACUUACCCAUCACUGGAAACAAACCCUCAACCCUCUGUUUUAAAACAAUUAUAGUAAUAAAUAAUCGGCCCAGAUCGGUGGAGGCCGCCAUGGAUAUUCGUCGGAGAGUAAGAAUCCGGCAUACUCCGCCGGCGGCCUUUCCCAGCUGAAUGCAACUGAAACGCCGCCGGUCCAAAAACUUUGCUGGGUAAAAUCCUUCGAGAAUCCUCAAUUCCCAGAAACCAGCCGGAGUUUUAUUUGUUUUUUUUCCUCUUCUCUUGUUUUCUUCAUUAGAGAAUAAUGGCAACCACCACUAACACCACUACACCAGCGGUGGACUCUGCAGCCUCGGCAGAUGAGCUCACCGCCAAGGCCGUACACAAACGCUAUGAAGGUCUCGUCAUGGUUAGAACCAAAGCUGUAAAAGGCAAAGGCGCGUGGUACUGGGCGCACUUGGAGCCUAUACUGGUUCAAAACACUGAGACCGGCCUCCCUAAAGCGGUUAAGCUCCGGUGUUCCUUAUGCGACGCGGUUUUCUCCGCCUCCAAUCCCUCGCGCACUGCCUCUGAGCAUCUGAAACGCGGGACGUGCCCGAAUUUCAACUCGCUUCCCAAACCCAUUUCGUCUCUCUCCCCACCUUCGAACACUGCCGUUGCUUCGCCGUCAAGUGGUGGCGGUACUGCUGUUGUGCCUGCUGCUGCUUCUGUGGUGCACAAUAACCGAAAACGUGCUGCUGGUGCAAGUUCUGGGGGGAUGUCUGCUUCGUCGUAUCCCAUGACGGCUGUAGCUGCUGUUGCUUCCGCCUCUUCGUACCAAGUAAGUCCUCUUGCUAUCGUGGAUCCGUCGAGAUUCUCAGGGGAGCUAGCAGUGUUGCCUCAACAACCGCAUUUGAUGCUUUCCGGCGGGAAAGAGGAUUUAGGUGCUUUAGCCAUGUUGGAAGACAGUGUAAAGAAGUUAAAAAGUCCUAAAACUUCUCCAGGGCCGGCUUUGAGCAAAACCCAGAUUGACUGCGCCCUUGGUCAUUUAGCUGAUUGGGUCUACGAGUCUUGUGGGUCUGUGUCGUUUUCGGCUCUCGAGCAUCCUAAAUUCCGGGCAUUUUUAAAUCAAGUUGGCUUGCCUGCGGUUUCGAGAAGAGAGUUUUCCGGUGGUAGACUGGAUGCUAAGUUUGAGGAAACUAAGGUGGAGUCUGAAGCAAGGAUUAGAGAUGCUAUGUUUUUUCAGAUUGCAUCCGAUGGCUGGAAAGUCAAGAGUUUUAGUGGUUUCAGUGGCGUAAAUUUGGUGAAUUUGACAGUGAAUUUGCCUAAUGGGACCAGUUUGUAUCGGAGAGCUGUGUUUGUUAGCGGCUCAGUGCCUUCCAAGUAUGCAGAGGAAGUUUUUUGGGAGACCAUAUCAGGGAUUUGUGGGAGUGCUGUGCAGCAGUGUGUAGGAAUAAUUGCAGACAGGUUUAAGGACAAGGCAUUGAGAAAUAUAGAGAGCCAGAACCACUGGAUGGUCAAUCUUUCUUGCCAAUUUCAAGGAUUCACUAGUUUGAUAAAAGACUUUAGCAAGGAGCUUCCAUUGUUCAGGACUGUCACUGAGAAUUGCUUCAAGCUUGCAAAUUUCGUCAAUAACAAGCCUCAAAUUCGUAAUAGUUUCCAUAAAUAUCAAUUGCAGGAGUACGGGCAUGCAGGAUUGUUGAGAGUGCCGUUGCGGGAAUACGAGAAGAUGGAUUUUGGUCCUGUGUAUACGAUGAUAGAGGAUAUAUUGAGCUCAGCUCGAGCAUUGCCAUUGGUUCUGUUAGACGAAUCAUACAAGAUAGUAUCCAUGGAGGAUCCAACAGCGAGAGAAGUAGCUGAGAUGAUUAGAGAUGUGGGGUUUUGGAAUGAACUGGAGGCGGUGCAUUCAUUGGUUAAGCUCACCAAGGAAAUGGCUCACGAGAUUGAAACGGAGAGGCCAUUAGUUGGGCAAUGCCUGCCGCUUUGGGACGAACUAAGAGGAAAAGUGAAGGAUUGGUGUUCAAAGUUCCACAUUGCAGAAGGAGCAGUGGAGAAAGCGAUUGAAAGACGGUUUAAGAAGAAUUAUCAUCCUGCUUGGGCUGCUGCAUACAUACUUGAUCCACUUUAUUUGCUUAGAGACACUAGUGGCAAAUACCUUCCUCCUUUCAAAUGUCUAACCCCUGAGCAGGAAAAAGAUGUGGACAAGCUCAUAACCAGGCUUGUCUCCAGAGAAGAGGCUCAUAUUGCAUUAAUGGAACUGAUGAAAUGGAGAACAGAAGGACUUGAUCCGGUUUAUGCAAGAGCUGUCCAGAUGAAGGAAAGGGAUCCCAUUACAGGAAAGAUGAAACUUGCCAAUCCGCAAAGUAGUAGGCUUGUGUGGGAGACUUACCUUACCGAGUUCAAAUCACUAGGCAAAGUUGCAGUUAGGCUUAUUUUCCUUCAUGCUACUGCAUGCGGAUUCAAAUGCAAUUGGUCUUUGUUGAAAUGGGUGUGUGCCCAUGGGCAUUCAAGAGCAGCCAUGGACAAGGCACAAAAGUUGGUAUUUAUUGCAGCUCAUUCGAAGCUUGAGAGGCGGGAUUUUUCAAGUGAUGAAGAUAAGGAUGCAGAGCUUUUCGCAUUGGCAAAUGGUAAAGUUCCUGCUGAAAUGAGCACCUUCACUUGCGAUUCUUUGAAGUAUACAUUUAUAUCAGAUCUACUCAAGUGGCUUCCCUAGUUAAAAAGUUGAAUCAUGCAUGAAAAAAUCCACACAUACAUGAAACUAGAAGCACUCGACAAAGAUAUUGUUGGACUGGAGAAGCCACCAUAAGAUGGUUGGUGGUUUAGUAGAAUGAGAUGGAACCAUGAUUAAAGGUGGAAUGCUGCCAUAAGGAUCCAAGAGGGCUGGCUUGACUUGAAAAUAUUUGGAAACAACAUGUCUUUUUAUGAGACGCCAGAGGCUAAUCCAACAAGCUGGUUGGGUGAAUGGCAAACCAGGUUCCACGACGUGGGUCAACAACUUUGGAAGGACCUCAGUACUCACCUUUGUAGCUGGAGCACUUCUAACUGUUUUUUUUUCUUCUUCUUCAUUAUCAUCUAAAUCCAUAUCUCCUGGUUUUUGUCUUUGGAAUGUGGAACCCCACCAUGAAGAAGUGGAAGUCUUUUUCCAAACUUUGGUUCUCAUGGAGAGAGAGAGAGUGAGCAGGGUUUUUGCUAUCAAAUCAUCUUUGUGGUAACGUCUCCUUUAAACAUUCCAAAGCUCGUGAUGUUCAUGCAAGGUAAUUGGGUAAUGCUCCCUCAUCACAUAAUGGCAAGAAAGGUGUUUAAAGGACCCAAAGCAAAGGAAGACUGUCGGCUUGAAGCAACCUUGAAGAUGCCUGAGAGUGAUUCUGCAACUAUUUCAAACUCAUCUAAUUGUUUCUGCACGCGUAUUAAUAUCAAACUAUUUACAUGUUUCAAUCUUUGUUAGCUUCCAAGUUGAUUCUUCGGAAGAAAUCUUGUUGAGAUAAUGUAUGUUUACAUGAUUAGAUCAAUAAUACAUAGAAUUUUGUUGAA